AUGGGUGUGGUCCUGAUGAUGGUGUCAGAUGUCCUGGUAGUGGUGCUGCUAGUACUGGUUGUGGUGGUGAUGAUGGUGGUUGUGUUGAUUAUGAUUGUAAUGAUGGUGAUUGUCAUGAUGGUGCUGGUGAUGGUCCUCUUGGUACAAGUGGUGGUCGUGGUAGUGGUGCUGGUUGAUUUCAUGAUGGUGCUGAUGAAUGUGGUGCUGAUGCUGUUGGAGGUGGUGCUUGUGGUGGUGAUUAUGAUGUGUCUAUUUGAUAAGAAGUGUUCAACCAUUCAAGGGGAAGAGAUGAUGAUGCUGGUGAUAAGGAUGGUAAUGCUGGUGAUACUGAUUAUGGUGGCGAAGGUGUUGGCGUAG